AUGAGCCCGUAUUUUGCACAGGAGCAGGCCAUUGUCAUUACAGCCAUCGAGACCAUGGGUACUCAGCACUCCUCUCCAGGCAGCAUGGUCUGUGCAGACGCGGGCAUUGAAAUCACCAAGGACGAUCAACUUAUCCGCCUUCGACACAGAUGCCAGGAAGGCGUGAAGGUCCUUGUGGAAUUUGUUCCUCGCUUUGUCAGGACUGGUCAUCGGGGAGCGUAGACACUGACGAAGGUGACACACUUGUCUCCCUAGUGAGGCAGGCGGAGGCUCAUCAAACGAUCGUUAAUACACUGCAGCGAACAGAUCAGUCGUCCCACGAUGGCAUUCUGGAGGGUAAAGGCGACGCCCGCGUCCCGGCCCUCUGUCCUGGGGCAACUGCUUCAGAAGGAGGUGUGGCCGGCAUCCACCUCCUCCGGCUGGCCUUGUUUGGAGAACCGGGUGUCGCUGAGGGCAGCGAUCUCCACCUUGUAGCGUGCCAGUUCCCGAAUCACUAG